UUUUGUUUUUCUUUCGGUCAGAAAUCCUCGGCAAUACUCGCCACACAAUUUUAACAACAAAGGGAAAAGACGAAUGAUGCUUCGAGUUGAAUGUGAAAUGUUAUUUUUGACAUAUGUCUAAGCUUUAGUUAGCCUACUUGUCUUGGAAAUAUUACUUUCACUUUCAUUGUUUAUGUUUUUUGAGGGACAACAGCAUAGGGACAAAACACUUAUUUCCAUAGAAACUGCGUUCAUUUUGUCGUGGAAAAGUGUUGAAAAUGACGGCCUGUAUUUCGAUCACAUUGUGUGCAUUCUUCGUGGCUGGUGUGCCUGGUGUUUGUACAUAUUAUGGAGUGUCACAGUCUGUGAUGGAGGGAGAAUCGGUGACUUUACCCUCUGGUGUUGAAACGAACAAACAAAAAAAGUUGAGAUGGUAUUUUAAUGACAUUCUCAUUGCUGAAAUCAGUGGAGAUCUCGGUUAUCGUUGUACAGAUGUUCAGUGUAAAGAUUCUGAUAAGAGAUUUAGAAACAGAUUGAAGCUGGAUCAUCAGACUGGAUCUCUGACCAUCAAAGACACCAGAACCACCGACUCUGGAGUUUAUAAACUAAAGACGAUAAGAAACAGCGGAGACAGUGUAAAGAUCUUCAUUGUUACUGUGCAUGGUUUUUUCAGUAUUAAUACAGAAGAAGAGUCAGCAUUUGUGAUGGAGGGAGAUUCAGUCACUCUACACACUGAUGUUAAAACAAAUCAACAAGAAAAGAUUAGAUGGUAUUUUAAUGAUGCUCGUAUAGCUCAAAUCACUGGAGAUCUCAGUUUUAUCUGUACAGAUGUUCAGUGUGAAGAAGGUACUGAGAGAUUCAGAGACAGACUGAAGCUGGAUCAUCAGACUGGAUCUCUGACCAUCAGAGACAUCAGAACCACAGACUCUGGACUUUAUCGUCUACGUAUCAUCAGCAGCAACAGCAUCAGUGAAAAGAUCUCCAUUCUUGCUGUAUAUGAUGCUCCUGAGCAAGAUCAAAUGAAGAGAAAGUCAGUGAAGGAGGGAGAAUCUGUUACUUUAGGUCCUGGUGAAGUUAAAAACCUGAAUUAUUUUAUGAAAUGGUAUUUUAAUGACACUCUCAUCGCUGAAAUCACAGGAGAUCCCAAUAAAACCUGUACAGAUGGUCAGUGUGAAGAUCCUGAUGGAAGAUUCAGAGACAGACUGGAGGUUAGUCAGUCUGGAUCUCUGACCGUCAGAAACACCACAAUCACAGACUCUGGGCUUUAUAAACUACAGAUCAACAGCAGCAACAGAAUCAGUAUCAUCAAGAUAUUCAGCGUUAUUGUCACUGGUGAGUAUCAUUAGCCAUUCCUUGCACAUUCCUUUGCAGUUUUAGAAAACCGUUUGAA